GGCGCCGCGGGCAGCGCGGGAGCGGGCCGCCCUCACGGUGCGGUCGGCGCCGCUGUGUCACCCCGCGGGAUGGGUGCGCGUACCCCGCACUAACCGGCCUGCGGCACUACGCCCGCCGACUUGCAGUGCAGCUAGAGGUGUUCUGUUCAUCGGAAACUCAACGGUGCUUUUCACGGCUGUAGACUGGGAGAUUCGGGGCCCCGACCGGUGUCGGAAAUGCGUGCGGUGGCAGGGGGCUCGCCAGGCGGAGCGCAGCCAGGAAAGCUGUCCUGGCCUGAAUUCAUACCAUUGCAAGCGCGGGACUCAAUGACUUUGGGGCGUUUCUGGAAGUGGAGUCUCUCCUGAAGGUCAUCACGUUCAUGUGCACCCCACACAUUGACCUUUGAGAAGGGGGCUAUUACAGAAUGACUUUGAACUGAGCCUUUGUGGAAUAAGCAAGAUAGAAGCAUUAAUCCUUCAAUGUGCAUCCUUCUAUUCAAAUUUGACCCCCGACCAGUUUCAAAAAAUGCAUACAGGCUUAUUCUAGCAGCUAAUAGAGAUGAAUUUUACCACAGACCAUCCAAAUCGGCAGAUUUUUGGGACAGCAGCAAUGAGAUCCUUAGUGGUCUGGAUAUGGAGGAAGGAAAAGAAGGUGGGACAUGGCUGGGAAUCAGUAAGAAAGGCAAGAUGGCAGCCCUGACAAAUUAUAUGCAGCCAAAGAUUGAUAAAAAUGCAAAAGGAAGAGGUGCUCUUGUAACAAACUUCUUGACUACAGAUCUGGACAGCUACUCUUACUUGAAGAAAGUUUCAGUAGAAGGACAUCUUUACAAUGGAUUUAAUUUAUUAGCAGCUGACUUGAAUACAACCAAAGGAGAUGUAGUUUGCUACUAUGGAAACAAAGGAGAACCAGAACCUGUUUUCUUAAAUCCGGGUAGGUUUUCUUCAGAAAAAAGAAUAUAUGGUUUGAGCAAUUCUUUGUUGGAUACACCAUGGAAGAAGCUUCAGUAUGGGAAGCAGCUUUUCACAGAAGUGGUCAAGAGAAGUCAAGACCUUACCAAAGAAGACUUGGUGCAGGAGCUUCUUACAGUGAUGAAUAAUCAAGAGCCUCAAUUACCAGACCCUGCGAUUGAAGACCAAGGGAAGGAUUAUAUACGUCCUAUAUUGAACAAGUAUGCAGCUGUAUGUGUUCGUUGCCCAGGUUAUGGAACAAGGACUAACACAGUCAUUCUCAUUGAUUCAGAAGGACGGGUUACUUUCACAGAGCGCAACAUGAUCAAUGCGGAUGUCAACCAGUGGAAAACAAGCACCUAUGAAUUCAAACUGCACACUUAACAACUUUCCAUUUGAAUGGUUUGUAAUAAUAGCAAUGAAAGAACAAGCCAUUAAGCUCUAGUAAAUGUUUUGUUCGAGACUCCACAAGCUAAAAAUAGCAAGGAAAGCAAAAGUUUCAAUAAGCUGGUGGCAUACCCUAUAAGGCUCACAGAUGCUUUGGAUAAAACGAAAAUAAAAAACUGAUUUUGCAUUAAGUAGCAACUUAUAAUCAGAAAUAAAUUUUUAAAUAUCACCCUGCCUCCAGAGCAAGGCCGUCUUUGCCCGAGAUGAAGUCAUUGCUUUUCUGUGGGUGGUUUUGUGGGUUUUUUUAAGAUGUUUUAAGUAGACUUCUAAACAUGUUUUCAGUUCUGAGGAGGGGAAAGCAUUUGCUGCUUUCAUUGUUCUAUCAGAAGAUUUUAGCAAACUUUGCUUUCCCUUCAACAUAUGCUUUUAAGAUGGUAUAGCUGAUGCCAACGUGCAUUGAAUGAAUGUGUGUUAUCUUUGUACCAUUAAAUGCUUUAGAAACAUUUAAAGUUUUGAGCAAUGCCAUAGUGCAAUGUUCUGCCUGGGGAGGGCAGAGCAGCAGGGUUUCUUUACAUCUGUUUUCCUAUAGAUAGUACAGCAAUAUAUCUUAUUUCUAAAACUUGAUUUGAGAGUAGAUAGGAAAUGUAGUUCAAUCUCUGUUCAGUUUUACUGAAAAAAAUUCAUGAGAGCAGACUUGUUUAUCUUUGACUGGAAUAAAAAUAUUUGUAUUAUGACAUCUUGUUUCCUAAUAGUCUGAUUAGCAAUAUCGGGUUUGUAAUUUUCUUCCCCAGCAGGCAGGUAAGGAGCGGGUACCUGUUUGCAAGCAGAAGCUAAAUAUGCAGUUUACGUGUAUCAGCUGUUUUGUACAUGUGCAAUUUUGGCUUCAUUUCUUUAUUGGUAUAAUAUGUUAAAUCCUGGAGUGACUGCUCAUAGAUUUUUAGUAAAAAUAGCUUUUUGUUGUAAGGUGACAUUAUUGCAGUCUUAUAUUGCUGAAAAAGUUGGGUAUUAAGAUGCACUGCGUAUGUUCUAACAUCUGUGAAUUAAAAAGCUAUUUAAAUGCAUGCUUUUUUCAGUUAUUCAGUGCCAGAGUAGGUGAUAGAAGAUUCUAGCUAAUAACAAGCUAUUUUAAAACUCUUAUUUUGUUGCUGUUGGUGUUCUGUUUUGGCUUAUUUCGAAUGCUGAGUAUUAAGUUAAUAAUGGAUCACUGCUAUUUUUUUCUCUAUAUAUGCUGAAUGUGUUCAUUUGACAAGCUUCUGAUUAUUAAUUAUUACAGAGUAACAAGAUUUCUGAUACUCUUCACAAAUAUGUGCAACUAUUCUUCUGUACUCCAGUUUGUGUGUUUAAGCAUUUGCACUAGUGUGUGUGUGUGUAUCUGUAAUGGAGGCAGCAGUAAAUUAUAUUUGCCAUUGGGGUGAAGUACUGUGAAAGGCCAUUCCCAUAUUUCUAAUUGCCAGGAGAUACUGAAGAAGCUUCAGUCAGUUAUUUCCUUUGUAUUUGCAUAUUUCAAUAGCUUGUAGGUAUGAGGACUGCUUGCAUUUCCUAGUCAUAGGUUUUUGAUUCACUGCUAUUUAAAUGACUUUUUGACCACCCUGACUGCAAGACAAUCAAUAGAGUCUUGUUGGGUUAUACAUGGUUUCAAACUCAGAGCCUUCCAGAUGGUCUUUCUCAGCUAUAGGAAAUAGCCCUUUUUUUUUUAUUUUUUUUUGAUGACUGUUUAAACCAUAUAUUUGUAUGAAAAAAAGUUAUUUUUAGAUGCAAAGAAAUAGCCAUACCUGUCUUAAAUUUGAAUUUGACAAAUGCAUAUUUAAAAACAAAGCUCUACUUCAAUGGCUUGCUCUUCCUGAGAGUUUGCAUAGCAAACUUUUUUAUAUCUUAAGAAAAAAAUAGCCAGUGUAUAUUUGAACAAGAUAGUCUCACUGAAGACAUUACAUAAAUGGCAAGCAAAAUGCUUACUUGCUCCUUCAUGGUAGACGCAUUUAUAAACCUUAGUUUUUUAUAGUAGUCCUGUAAUAGUGAAAAUUUAUUCUUUUUACGUAUAGGUAAAAGAAAAACAAGUCAGUGCUUAGAUGUAAAACCAGAUGAUUCAAACAACCAAUGUUGUUUGAAUCACAAUUCUAAAUCUGAGAUUUGCUUUUUCUGACAAGUAAAAUAAACAGUAAAGAACCAAAAUCUCUGUCAUUUUUUUUUUUAUGCCAGAAUAGUUAAUAAAAUUAGCUUUUUAAACUUCUUUUGAAGCUUAUGAGAGUUUUGUCAUUGGUUUCAGUGGAAACAGGAUCAGGACUUCAGUGCAGAUACCAGCAAAAGGUGCUUGUCCAUAGAAAUUAUCAGGUAUUCAUGAAGUGCAUAACAUACUCUGUGCAAAUUAUAGUUGUAGUGAAUCCAGUGGAAAAAGUAAACUGUUGCUAAAGUUAGCAAAGGAAGCAUUAUAUUUUUAUUAAAGGAUUUUUAAGAAUAAAAGGGAAUUUUAAAUAUCAGUUUUAAAGGAUAUAAAGGAAAAAAGUGUAUAUAGGAAGAUAUUGCAUGGCAUUUUACUAAGUUUGCUUAUGUGUAUCAUCUUUGCAAAGUCAUAAAUUUGCAACAGAUUUGCUUCCUGUCUUUUUUCUAUCAAAAUGGUAGUAGAAGAAAUUUUAAAAUAUCUGUAACAGUUGAGGGUUUUUUUGCUUAAAAUGGUUUCAUAAUUGUUUACAUAUAUGUUCAAAACUAGAAUAUGAAUAAAGCUAAUCUGGUGACCAAUCUUUGUCAACAUUAAUAGAUUGUGCACUUUCACACAUGUUUAUGUUAAUUUGCCUGUAACUUUAUGUGAUAAGAUGAAGUACAAUUUUUCAUGAGAUAUUAGCAAUGAAAGCUUUAAGUUAAGUCCAUUUCUGGUACUUAAAUCCUUUCUAAAAGUGCGGUAGUUUUCAGGGGGUUUUGUUUGUGUUUUGUUGUUGUGUUGUGUGUGGGGUUUGUUUUUUUAAAAAAAUUCUAUUCUAUUGCUAUUAUUUCUAUUCUUAUACUUGUCUUAUCCAGGUAAGAAAUUGCAAAAUAUUUCUUUAAGGCUAAUAAUCCAGCUUUGGGGAAUUUUGCUUUGUUUUUCAGGUUAGUAAACAGAAUGUAUUGACUGGAAUGUUCCCAGACAAAGUGUCACAGUAAUUAAUUCUCUGAAAUACUCUCCAACUUCUGACAAAUAAUAUGUGCCCGCCACAUCCCCUCCCAAAAGCAGAUGUGCUCUUGUUACUUGCCCUGGCUGGAUUUUUAAACACCAAGCACAGAAAGAUAGGUAGAAAACACAAAGGUUCUCAAACACUGAAUGUCUGAAACAAAUGUCUGGAGCAUCCCCCUUUCUUCUGUGACGUCAGGGUACUUGGAAUCUACUUUCUCCUUUGCAGACUGGAGUGGAUCUUUCAAAUCUUAAUACCAGAAUGUGCCAAGCAAGCCCUUAAAGGAAGAGGGACAGGCAUAUUCUUGGCUAUAAAAAAAAUGGUGGAGCCAUCUCAGAGCUGGUUUUAGUUUUACAAGCAGUAACCUUUUCAAACUGUUGCUUUGAGAAGACAGGGAGCUGGUAUUGUCAUUGUUAAGAUAGCAGCCUAAAUGAAAGCUAGGGAAAUUCCAAAAAUCUGCAAAAAGAAAACCUUUAUUAACUCACAAGUCUCUAAAGUUGACACUGCCAAUUCUUGUCUUAUGCAAUGAGAUAUAUUUGGUCCAAAUUACUGGUCUUGAAUUUAGGUCACUAAAGCAUCAAAUGCUUGUGCCAAGAGAAGUUAUUAAUAAUCAGGUACCUUGAAAAUUAGUGUAAUGUUAAAUAUAUGCUGAAAGUACUUUGAAGGGCUCAGGUUUCCCCCAAAUAUUGAAGUGAUCAAAGCAGAAGUACAGUACAGAUCAUAGGAAGGAAAGAGCAAAGCCAAUGCCUUCUUAGUGAAAAGCCAGAGCCUCACAAAAUGCUACUGGAGGGCAAGAAUCGAGGUUCACUGUGGAAGAAGUCUGGAUCCUGGACAGACCUGAGACUCUCUUGUUAAACUAAGUUGAGACUAGAUUAAUGUUCUGCCAUACGCGGAUAUUGUGGUGGAGAUGUAACUUUCUUGUCACCCUGUUACCAGUAGCUUUAACAAAUACGCUCUUAACAGACCAGAGAAUGAGUUAGGCCUUUGGAGGUCCUUAGUAUGUUCAAAGUUUAACUGGUAUUUAUAGUUACGAAUUAAAUAAACCGAACUAGGUAUUAAGACAAAAUAUUGAUAAGACUUGGAACACUGUUUCCUUAAUAUCAUAAGGAAAUAAGUAAUUUCAAAAUGAGUCGAAGAAACGCGAAGCCAUCAGAAGGCAAGAAUUAAAGCAUCUUACAUUUCAAAUUUUGCUUGAAGAACUUAAAUAAUACACUUCGAUGGCUUAGCAAGCAUCCCUAAUUAUAUGGAAUAUUAGCUACUAGGAAUUAGUUUUGUAUCAUUCAGUUUCAUGUAAGAGAACAUUGUUGAUGUUCUUCUGAUUUCUUUUCUGCAGAGAAGUCUUGUUGAUAGCUUCUGAGGAUUUAGGAAAUGGCCUUGACUUGGUGAAAAUAGAAUUUGUAUUGUAAUCAACUGGAAAGACAAGAGAAUAAACUGAGAAUUACAUAAUCCAUCAGUAUGACUCAUGCUGUGAAAUAGAAGUUCAGGUGAACAGAGUGAAGAAAAUGUUGAAUACAUAAGAUUAAUAUAUAAAGUAACUAUCUCUGGAACAUUCUGUAUCAAGAAUUUAGGAACUGAUUGAAAAAGCAGUAUCAGAUUAAAGUAGUCAAACUUGUAUCUUUUCAAACAGAAGACAUAAGACUGAAUUUAGGAUCAUAGAUGAGGAAGAAAAAUAAUAAUAUAAAUUUGUAUAUUAGGUAGGAUAGGCAAGAAUUACAAUCUAUUUGUCAUACACAAAAUGAAUGUGAAAAAGGCAAUUUCUUUUCUGAUUAACAUUAAAUUUUUGUGGGUUUGUACUUGAAAGAUAAAUGGAGAAAACCAAAUCUAAACAAAAAAAAGAUGAGAUGUUGGAGGAAUGAAGAAGGCCAUACUUCAUUUAGCUGAGAACAAAUACAGUGAAGAAAAUCCGUUACAUUGAAAGAUGUGCUGAAGGUCAUAAAUAAAAAUAUAUUUAUAAAGAAUUUGGUGGAGAAAUCAGAAUCGUCAGAAUGGAAUAUCUGUUCUAAUAUAACUUAGGUUCAGUCAUGCCAAAAAGGUAAGGUUACCUAGAGUUCUGUAAUGUAUUGCUAGAGGGUGUGUUUUUAAAAGUGGUUAUAACACAAAGGUUAAACAGCAAGUAGGACUCCGCAAGACUGAAGAAUAGUGACUUCAGUGGACACGUUGGGUUUAACAGAAGACAAAAUAAUCUUCAUAUUCUGAAUCUCUUUGCUACAAUGGCACCUUUGUCAUCAUGCAUUUCACUUCCAUGUCAUUCUGUGAUUUAUCUUCUUUCUUCGUGUCUUUACUAAAAAUCAACUGGAAAUACCAUGUCACUUAUUAAAACUGUAAUAUUUACAUUCUUAAAUAUUUGUCUCAACAGUCAAACCUAGAUUUUUCUUAAAAUGUCCUGAAAAUGCAUGUGAAGUCCUAAUCUCUCCCCUGAAGAGUUUGAGCUGGAAAUGGCGUUCAGUGAGGUAGUCUUUUGAUUUAAAACAAACAAAACAAAUUAAAAAAAAAAAAUCAAACCCAAACCAGAACAACCACCAGCACACAGAUUAUAAAGCUUCCACUGUAGCUAUGAUUGUUACGUAAGUAUGGGAUUUAAAGUUCUUUAAAUUACUUCGAGUAGUAUAGAAUUACAAAAAUUUCUGCAGAAUACAUUUUUAUCUAUAAAAAAAUUACAGAAAUUAUGCUACUGUGUGCGUGGUCUCUGCAGUUACAAUUUUGUAAUAAUAAAGAAUUUAAACAAAUAUAUAAACUGGCCUUUACAUGAGCACUUAGAAGCCUAUUUGGUCCUCAUUUGACUUGCUCUGAAUUAAUGAGACUUAAGCACAUUCUUGAUAAUCAUUAUGUUCUUAAAUAUUUUCAGUAGAAUGUUCUGGAACUGGGCUGGUUUUAUGAAACUUUAUUUUAUGAGCUUGUUCUUUUUGUGGCCUCUGAGAAUGACAGUGCCUGGUAAUGCAAUAAGGUGCUUUACAAACUUGCUUCUGGUGACAGGGGAAGUGUUUUCAAUGGGAAUCUCAUCUGACGUGCCAGCCCUGACAGGCACAGGGCAGCCCUGGUCACUAACUUACCAGACUGCAUAAACACAUUGAUUGCUUCUGUUUGGUGGAGGAAAACGCUUUUCAGACAUUAAUUAAAAUAGUUUAAAUAAUAAACUGGAGAAUAUGUGGAGCCAGUAGUGUCUCUUCUUGUGGUACAACAUUAUAACUACUAUUCAAUAAUUGAGGCUUUUGCCUCUUUUUGAAAGAAUGUGCUCUUCCAUGAAAAAGAUGAAUGGGAAGCAGGGCUCUUUCACUCCCCAUGCUAGCUCUGCUCUGAAUAGCUACUGGAAAUAGCCAUGGAGCCAAGGUCUUAGGCAAAUGCUUUUAUCCAUCUCAUGUUUGUGAUAUCUCACUUGAAUAGCUGGCAUUUUGAGAGGAAUUAACUGUCCUUUCAAUUACAGAUGGGUCUACAUUGGUACCUUAUUUUGUUUAGUAGUGCCCUUAGAUGAUUUCUUCUGAUAGCCCCUAUUUACUGUGCUUUGGCUUACGUUUCAGGGUGACCUCACAUCACAUGGACUAGACUGUUUUCAAAUAGAACCGGACUGGUAGAUGUGCUUCAGAAAUGCACAUCUAGUCCAACAGGUAAUAGGUUUAGCCUGAAGCAAAACUGUCUGAAAUGCACAUAGCACAGAGAUUAAGUACUCAGCACCGGUUGUUUCGCUGUAUAAAUCUCCUUAUGUUGGUAUACUUUACUUACAGAUGUAGCAUGUGAUAGAUGUGUGUUGUAGCGGUAUCCUUGCAAUGUGACAGCUGCAAAUUUUCCUGUUUUCUUUAGCAAUAUAUUCUGCCAGUCAGGUCUGAGUACUCUCUUGGUAUAAUAUGCAUGUGUUUAGACUGGCAAAGCAAUCCCAGAAUGGCAGUUACAUAAAAAACAGCCAUACCAGCGCAAUUGUGCUUUCAGAAGCGUAACUUAUUUUGCCUCUGUUGGGGAAAACAAAGGUACUGACAUUUAUGGUUUUGUUCAUAUAAGUGCAACUACACGUGGAUUUUUGGCAGCCAAAGAUUAUGCUCCUGAUUCAUGUCUGCAUGCCACCAGCUGUAUAUAUAGUAGACCAAGCUAAGGAAUUGGAGCAACAGAUUCUUAGCUGUAGUUCACAGCAGUCCUAUGGAACACCAAAGUAUGCUUUAUCACAGCUCUGAAUUUAAAACAUCAUGAUGUAUAAUGACUCACAAUAAAAACUGCCACUCAACAGAAGUCACUGGCUGGAGAAGUUUGGGAGAAGCCAGAAUGUCUAAAGUAGUGGUUGUGAGUGGAGUACUACUUACUAUAGCUCUUGAAAAGUAACUACAAUUGAUUUGCGGGGUUAGUUAACAACUGAACAAUAGCACAUGGUAGAGAUGAGUGACAUGAAAGCAGUCACAAGGCUGGCUCAGAGGAUUUUGCUUUCUUUUGUGCUUAAGUUUGCAAAUAGCAGAUAAAUAUCUGUUCUAGAAAAGUGCUCUGAAUUAUUUGGAUGAAAGGAUCUAUAGAAAGCAAAAUGUGAAGACUGCUAUUCUGUCCCAUAUGGAUGUUGUUUAAUUUUUUUUCUAAUAUCUCCAUAGAUAAAUUGAAUGUAUUUAAGAAUGCUGGAUUUUCAGCCCUAAAACAAGCUUGUUCUAUGUACGAAGAACAAGUGGGGGCAGCCUCAGUCACUUGGCUAUAGCACUAACCCAGGUCCAAUUGGCAAUUGCAGCGAGUGUUAGGAGUGACUUGUGCACUCCACUUUCUAAUGUGAAGGUCACCUAGCUACUUAAAAAGUGGCAUAUUUUUUUCAUCCAAAUUUGGAAUAUCUUUUAAAAAAAAAAAAAAAAAAAAAAACAAAACAAAAAAAAACACCACA